AAAGCACAACAAAGCACACAGAAUCUCCUCUCCUUGCCUGUUAACUGCAAGUGCCGAGCAUCAGAAAGCACAGGCUUCUUUCCUACUGCUGCUGCCAGCUGUGCUCCCACACCUCAGCAGAUGGCACUGUCACAUCAGCCUGUGCACAGGAAAGAAGCAGCGCACAGAUUGUGUUUUCACAGAAUCACGGAACCGUUUGAGUCGGAAAGGACCCUUAAAGGCCUCCUGGUCCAGCUCUCCCGCAACAAACACGGAUACCUACAGCUGGCUCAGGCCACUCCGAGCGCCGUCCGGCUCGACCCCUCCGAGCCUCCUGGCGGGGCCGCGGCCGGGAGGAGCCCGGUGCCGCCUCCCUCCGUCCGUCCCUCCUUCCCGCCCAGCCUCCGGCGCUGCCUCCCCACCACAGAGCUGGGGAUGGCGGGGCUGGCCGUGGCGCUCUGCCUCGCCGCCGCCGCCGCGGUCUGCCUGCUCCCGGCGCAGGGCCGGGAGAGCGACGCGGGAUGGACUCAGCAGAAGUAUUCUCACCAACCAAGUAUUUUACAUCCGGAUGCCAUCCAAAGUGUUGCAGAAAAAACAGAUGUGAAUGAAAUGUGGGAGAAUGACUUGCUGCCCAUCCUGAUAGAAAGAUACCCAGGGUCACCAGGAAAUCACGCCGUAAGGCAGCACAUCAAGCAGCGCCUUCAAAGUCUCCAGGCCGGUUGGGAGAUUGAAGAAGACACCUUUCAGAAGUACACACCCUAUGGAUAUCAAACGUUUUCAAACAUCAUCAGCACUCUCAACCCUUCUGCAAAGCGCCACCUGGUCCUCGCUUGCCACUACGACUCAAAGUUCUUUGGCCCACAGUGGCAUGGAAGAGUGUUUGUGGGAGCAACUGACUCGGCUGUGCCCUGUGCCAUGAUGCUGGAGCUGGCACGUGCCCUGGACAACGAGCUUCAGUCCAUCCAGACAAGCUCAACAUCAAGACCGGACCUUUCCCUUCAGCUUAUCUUUUUUGAUGGAGAAGAAGCUUUUGUUCGAUGGUCCCCAACUGAUUCCCUCUAUGGGUCUCAACACUUGGCUCAAAAGAUGGUAUCAACUCCACAUCCACCGGGCUCAACCACCACAAAUCAACUCCAGGGCAUGGACCUACUGGUACUACUGGAUUUAAUUGGCGCACCAAACCCUGUCUUCCCCAAUUAUUUUCCAAACACAAGCCGAUGGUUUCAGAGGCUUCAAGCAAUUGAGCAGAAGCUGCACAACAUGAAUCUGUUGAAGAAUCACCUUGAUGAAACACAGUAUUUCCAGAACAACGUGCAUCAAGGCUUGGUUGAAGAUGACCAUGUUCCAUUUUUAUUGAGAGGGGUUCCAGUCCUACAUCUGAUCCCGUCUCCUUUUCCUGAAGUAUGGCACACUAUGGAGGACACUGAAGAAAACCUUGACCAAACCACUAUUGAGAACCUCAGCAAAAUCCUUCAGGUGUUUGUGCUGGAAUAUCUAAACCUGUGACGCGUUGGCUGCAAAUCUUACUUUGUUUUAAAUGUUGUUUGCUCACCUUCUGUUAUUUAAUUACAUCAGAGAGCACCGAAGCAAAGCAAAAUACGGCAAUAGCUCUUGUUACACUGAUUACUGAUUCCACUGUCCCUGGCUCAACGUUCCAUACAAAGAAAUUUCAGGUAGCAUUAAAUAAGCACUAGUUUCAGCCCAGAAAUAAUUUGACCUUUCAAUGUCUUGCCUCUGAAUAAACCAAAAUACAAUUCCAGAGCUUUCCCACACUGUUACCUGUGUUUUAAAGAAAGGAUUCCUGAAUCUGAGCAAAAUAUUUACAAACAUAUUCUAAAGUUGCAACAGAAACUUGUAUUUACAGCAACACCAACUCGUCAAGAGUUACUAUUACAUGACAGCCUGAAAAUGGAAGUUGAUCUGCCUUUGGUGCAUUCUGUGUUUCCCACCAUUUUCCUGUGUGUGAGAAAUGUUUCUUCUGCGUAUGAAAAUGGCUAAGUAGAACACAAAUAAAGUUCUAAAAACGGGUCA